AUGUCUUCGCCGUCGCAACGUCGGUCGCAAGCUGGCACUCCCAGACGGAGCACCCGGUCUUCUCAAGCACCGCAGAGCAGCCCCGCCAACGCCAAUGCCAACGCCAACGCCUCGUCGCAGAAUGGAAACACCCCCCGCAACACUCGAAGCUCGCAGUUAGCCUCGAGCCCUCUCUUCUACGAGUCAUCGUCGCCUGCUAACGGCAACAAUGAUGUCUCUUCCCCCUUGCGCCAGAACACAGAGAGUCAGAGCCAAAACGCCCGCGCUGAUGGCAGCGCCGCCCCAAGUUCCCCCUUGCGGCACAUGACAAACUCGCAGACUACCGGAGCUGAAAGCCAGACUGAUGGCGACCGGACACCUAGAGCCAGUGGCAGCGGCCUCAUUGGCGACUCCUCGCCUAUCAGGUACGAGGCCAGCUCCAGUCCCGGCCGUUCCCUUCACCCUCAGUCGGAUCUGCGAAGUGAGGCCAGCAGCAAUCUUUUUGUCGGCUCGUCAACAACUCCUAGAGCACGACGGAAGCCAAGAGGCGACAUCAACUCGGAAAUCUUGAGCGGAGGUCCUCGGAGUGGAAGCCGUGUCAUCUUGAACGAUGCCGGUCGUGUCGUGCGAGAAAUCCACUCUGACGCCCACACGUUCUCAAAUGUCGACCCCAACACAUCCGAAGCCAACCUUUUGGGCGGACAGGACAACGCUACCAUUUGGGGUACAACCGUUUCCAUCGACGACACAUACGCCGCAUUCAAGGACUUCCUCAAGAACUUCCAGAAGAAGUAUCGUAUGUGGGCCGACGGAAUGACUACCGAGCAAGCUGAUGCCGAGCCCGAUGCGAAAUCUAAGCCCUACUACGAGGAAUUGGGCAACAUGCUGAUACUUGGCACGAGGAUCCUCUACGUUAACGUCCAAGACUUCAAGCUUUACCCGCCUACCAGGAAGAUGUGGCACCAAAUUCAGCACUAUCCUCAAGAAAUCGUCCCUCUGAUGGAUCAGUCAGUCCACGAUGUCAUGAUCGAGCUUGCACAGGCCGAAAUGUCACGUCAAAGGAGUCAAAGCAACGGAGCAGCCGCUUCACAGCGCAGCGGUGCACCAAGCUCCGACAUGCAGUUCCCUAGUUCGGAAAGAAGCGAGGAGCCCGCGACACCGAGACCUCAGCAGGGCGCCAACCUCGAGGAGAAGGUCAUGGAUCAGACGUACAUGACUCGUCCAUACAAUCUGGAUGAGGUCACCAACAUGAGAGAUCUCAACCCCUCAGAUAUGGACAAGCUCAUCUGUAUCAAAGGUCUUGUCAUCCGAACAACAUCCGUCAUCCCUGAUAUGCGCCAAGCAUUUUUCAGAUGCAAUGUUUGCAACCAUUCGCUCCUUGUCGGUCUGGACAGAGGAAAGAUCAGGGAGCCCACCGCUUGCCCUCGUCCACUUUGCGAUUCCAAGAAUUCCAUGCAGAUCAUACACAACCGAUGUGAGUUUGAGGACAAGCAAGUCAUCAAGCUGCAAGAGACUCCUGAUGCUGUGCCCGCUGGCCAGACGCCCCAUUCAGUUUCUGUCUGUGUGUACAACGAGCUCGUCGACUUCUGCAAAGCUGGUGACCGUAUUCAGAUCACUGGUAUUUACCGUGUCAGCCCUGUCAGAGUCAACCCUCGUAUGAGAACUGUAAAGAGUGUGUUCAAGACUUUUGUUGAUGUUGUACACGUCGCAAAGGUGGAUAGCAAGCGCCUAGGUGCAGAUGUGUCAACGCUCGACGACGAAUCGAACGAUACCGAGAAUCAGAUCGAGGAGGCGCGUAAGAUCACACCCGACGAAGAGGAGAAAAUCAAGCAGACCGCAAUUCGAAGGGAUAUUUACGAACUUUUGUCCCGGUCACUGGCUCCAUCUAUCUUCGAGAUGGACGACGUCAAAAAGGGAAUUCUUCUGCAAAUGUUUGGUGGCACCAACAAGACUUUCCAUAAGGGAGGCAACCCCAAAUACCGUGGCGAUAUCAACGUACUACUUUGUGGUGAUCCGUCGACAGCGAAAUCGCAAUUGCUCAAAUACGUGCACAAGAUCGCGCCGCGAGGCGUCUACACGAGCGGAAAGGGUUCGUCAGCGACCGGUCUCACAGCCUAUGUCUCGCGUGAUCCCGAGACACGCCAGCUUGUGCUCGAGUCUGGUGCUCUUGUUCUGUCAGACGGUGGUGUCUGUUGUAUUGAUGAGUUCGAUAAAAUGUCAGACGCAACACGCUCCGUCCUGCAUGAAGUCAUGGAGCAGCAGACGGUCUCCGUAGCUAAAGCUGGUAUCAUCACGACACUAAACGCGAGAACCAGUAUCCUCGCCUCCGCCAACCCAAUCGGUUCCCGCUACAACCCAAAUUUACCCGUUCCGCAAAACAUUGAUCUUCCGCCAACCCUAUUGUCCCGUUUCGAUCUCGUAUACUUGAUUCUGGAUCGUCAAGAUGACAAUGUUGAUAAGAGAAUGGCGAGACACUUGCUCUCCAUGUACCUGGAAGAUAAGCCUGAAUCUGCCGCUACAGAUAAUGAGAUAUUGGAUGUUGAAUUCCUCACGGCAUAUAUCUCUUAUGCGCGGGAGACUUGCCACCCUAGUAUUUCUCAGGAUGCGGCUCAAGCACUCGUAGACAAUUAUGUCAAGAUGCGCAAGCUCGGUCAAGAUGUUAGAGCUGCUGAGAAGAGAAUCACAGCCACAACUCGUCAACUUGAGUCCAUGAUCCGUCUUGCUGAGGCCCAUGCCAAGAUGCGCCUCUCCCAGACAGUCACCAAGGCCGAUGUAGAAGAGGCCAAUCGCUUGAUCCAGUCCGCCCUGAAGACCUCGGCAACUGAUUCCCAAGGUAGAAUUGAUAUGAGCCUCUUGAAUGAGGGUGUAAGCUCUGCCGACCGCAAACGCAAGGAAGAGAUGAAGACCGCCGUGCUCGCUCUCUUGGACGAAAUGACAAGCGGUGGACAAAGUGCGCGGUACAGCGAAGUCAGCAGGCGCUUAGGCGAAGGUGCCAGUCUUCCCGUCGAGCCGGCCGACUUUGCGGAGGUCAUGCGCGGCCUUGAAAUGGAGGGAUUGAUUAUGGUUAGUGGCGAAGGCGCCAGAAGGGCUGUCAGAAGAGUUACUGGUGUCGCCUAA